AUGUCACGACCACUCACCCCAUUCCCACAUACUCACACAUUGACCCAUGGGUCUAACGCUUCGUACUUCCAUCAUAUUCAGUUCGAAGCUCAACCACACGCUUAUGGCUAUACUGCCCAACCUAUUCAUUUCCACUUGAAGAAACCUAUCACUACUCCCACACCUCCAUCACUCAUUCGAAAUGGUUCUUCAUCUAGGCGAAUCAUGACCACUCCUACCUCACCACAACCGGAGUUGAUUCAACCUACACCUAGAAGAACACUAUCUUCUGCUUCAUCUUCUUCGUCCGCUAGUUCACCUUUAAUGCCCGCUACUCCCAUAUUGGAAUCUCCCGUCGCCCCUCCCUCUACACCCACACCACUAUCUCUUCCAACAUCAAUGACCAACGUGGAGAUGGAGGUUGAAGAGAGGUUGAUGGCCAGUGAAUAUAACGAUAAAUUCAAUUACGAUCCAUAUUCAAUCUCACUAUCCACUGGCGAAACCAUUGCUUCUCCUUCUUCUACACCGGGAUUGGCUAAACGACCAAAACUGAAGAGACGAGAUACACCCAUUCCUCACCCACACUUAUCACAGUUGUCGACAUUACAUAUGAGUCGAAAGGAAAGUAAUGGAGAGGGAAGUAGGAAGGUGUUGAGAAGUAUAAUAGAUGGUGGAAAUUGGAUUAUAGUUGAUUAA